UGAGGAGACACAUGCACAAAGGAUAUCACAUCCACUUAAAAAGCUGACACUGAAGGCAUCCCAGUCGAGAGAGUUAGGAAUUCACUGAAGCUGAUAACAUUGGCCGCCUGGAGACACAAUUCACAAAGGCUGCCAGUCCCUAACAUUCUGCCUAAUCUCUAUUCAUGUUCCAUAUAAGAAAGUCUUACAAAUUUGGAACAACGUGGGGCAUCCAACGAACUUGAACUCAGAGAGGAAGCAAGCAGCCCACUUCCUAUCGUCAUGGUAACAGCAUGUGAAUGCGUUGAACACUGAGUGGAGAGCUGGAGAGAGAGAGAGUGGGAACAGCAUCAGAAGACAUAGCUCCGUCUCCAGAGCCGAAUGAAAGGUUGUGUAUCUCCAAGAAUAUGCUGAAGAAUAACUUAAAAUAGCCAAUGGAAUCUCUCGACAACUGAUUUAUGAAAAAGUGCUGACCUUAAACUAAAAUCAAAGAUGGAAAACACCACCAUAGUCUGUUCUGCCCAGGGUUGGUGUGGCCCUAAUGUUUCAACCUUCUCAUCUGAGUGGGAUGAUAAUGUGAACUCAUUUCUGAUGGCACCUGACGUGAUCAAACCCCCUCCACAGUUCCAAGAUCCAGAAGAGCCAAGCCAGGCAUCACAGAUUAACUCUGCUGUUGUGAUAAGAGGGGAUAAAGAUUGUGUAAAUGCCCUGAGGGAGCAGCGUAGGAGUAGACCAACCAGUAACAUAGAGGUCCACAGACGCUCCUUGUCCCUUUCCACAGCUGUGAAUUCCAACCCAUGUGUGACCCGGCGCCGGUGUGUAAGCUAUGCCCUUUCAUAUCCCAGCAGCAGCUCGGAGGAUAGUGGUAGUGACAGCACCUCUGCGAGGCGUGGAGAUCGCCUUCCGGAUGCGGUGCCACGGUCUAGGUCCCGAAGCAUUGUCCUGACGAAGGCCAAAAGCAAACCAGCCCCACCAGUACGAACCGUGUCAUUACAAAUGCUUGCAGCUGGGAAGCAUUCUGAGCAUAAAACGCAGGCACACUUAAAAAAAGAUGGCCAGAAUGUCAUACUACUGCCAGAUCUUAUUCCAACACCUAAACCAGAAGUUGGUAAGUGCAAGAAAUCAACUCCUGCAACCGAAGCACCUGGAAAGGUGGCACUGAAACCAUCUAUCUCUUCUCACAGAGCACUAAAUGAGCUACGGUCCAGUGAACCAUGCAAGUCUGGCUUAGGUCCAUCUGUGGCUGCUCCAACAAAUGAUGGUACCUUUGGUAAUUCUGAAGUAAACACUUCCCCAUCCUCUUCUCAUUCCUCCACCUCCCAGCCAUCCAUUCCUUCUCCAUCCAAACCCUUUGGGUCAAACUCGCCAUCAAGUGGCUAUGGAAGCCAAUGUGAAACACCCACUCAAUCAUUCCAGUCUUCAGUUAACAUGGGACCUUUUCAGUUGGGUUGCAGGAUGGGUUCAAAGCCAUCCAGCGCAAUUCCUGGCCAAAGGGCAAGGCACCGAAAUGCAAGGCUAUCUCUUCAGCUUCCUGAGGUUCAGCAGUACACCCAUGAUCCAGAACCUUCUACAGUUCAACAGAAAGCAAACCGUCGCUACUCAGACAGCACAGAAGCCACCAGACCAAAGCAAAGGCUGAGUAACAGCAUGUUCAUCAUGCCAGUUGUGACUCAGGAAGACCUAAACAAUGUGCGCUUACGUUCAGUCAGUAGCUCCGAUCUAGAGAAUGCACGGGAAACUACAACAGAAGUUAUCGAGGAGGAGGCUGAAAGGGGUGGAAACUCUCUAAGUCCCACAAACAGCCCAAGAAACAAACCACCAGUGGCUCCAAAGCCCCAGAGAAACAAAUGGCCAAACAAUACCUUGGUGCAGCCACAUUUUGGAACAGCUUCAUAUCCAGAACCCUCAACAGUCAUAGCCAGUGAACGACAGGAAGACAUUUACACAAUGGUUAACAAAGCAAAGCCUGCAGUGACCGUACCAUCCCCAAAUAUUGCCAGUUUUGGACAAGGACAUCAUCUGAAGCAGCAGCAAUUUUUUGAUGGACACUCUCUGGAACCAAUAAGGGAGCCCCAUUGGCCACAGCCCCCAUGCACUCUUGAGCCACAGGACCCAAGUGUGCUUCCCUUCAACAAAACCUCCCGUUGUAACCCACAUGAACUUCAGAAGAAAAAGAGAAGAGCCCCAUCACCACUUCUGGCAAAGUCUCCAUGUGUGGACAACUCACCUUCAGGUAACUCAGCAGCCCUGAAGAACUCAGACAAUAUCCAGUCUCCAUCUAAGCUAUGCAAGUCUCCAAAAUCUCCUACCUCUGCGAGUCAGUAUCAUGUAACUCUCUAUGGUGUGAUUCCAACAUGCCCUAUGGCCGUUGAACAACAACACUCAAGUGCACCAGAUCAUCCCUCAUACGAUGUAGAAAAAAGUGACCAUAUGCCAGACCUUGGACCACUACAAUUAGUGGGAGAAGAAGAUGAUGUAUUUCUUUACAAGUCCAAAUCUCACACAACGGAGGACUUGUUCACCAUCAUCCACAGAUCUAAAAGAAAGCUCCUGGGUCGUAAAGACUCCUUUGAAAACAAGCAGGGUGAUCCUGGCACACAGACACCUGGGGGAGGAGGUUCCAAAAUCAGUUCUCAAAAUGACAACUUCAUGGCUUUUCUGAGAAGGACGAGAAGUGCCAAGGCUGGUUGCAGUGAAAAGAUAUCAGCAACAGAGCUCCUCAGAAGCUCCAAACCAACCGCUAACAUUGCAGCAAACAUGACCCAUUGCAAAAAUAGCUAUGUACAGUCACAUGGUCCUUAAAUUGUUUUGUUUUUUGUAUUUUGAACUCUCCCAAUAGUUUUUUAUAACCAUCAUUUAUUGGUCACUGUAAUGCCACGUUAAAAGCUUGUGGAGCAGUUAUAAUCAUUAUCAAAAAUUGGCUAGUAUAUAUUUGCUUUUGUUUUGAAUAGCAUCUGAAGUUGUUCAAACCACUUAUCUUUCUGAAACAUGUAUCAUGUUUUUCCAUCAUUGUCAGUAAGAGCAGAACAAGGUAAAUUAUGAUUACUGAUUUGUAAAUUAAAAUAUAACUUUAUAUGUAAAAGUAAAUAUGAAUGUUUUAAUAGUAUUUCCUAAGAAAAUGUUAGUUUUUGCCAUAAUGUUACUGAAUGUUGAAACAUAAAAUUUGUUGUGAUUAUAUUCUUGCCUUCCAAAAUGAGUUCAGCAUUUUAUUGAGCAGCCUAUUGCUGUUGUAUUUCAAUGACAGUUUCAAAAAUGUUUUGCUGUAGAU